CCUCCCCGGGUCACGUGGCUCUCCCCGGUCACGUGCGGCGGCGGCCGCCAUGCUGUCCCGGCUGCUGAAGGAGCACCAGGCCCGCCAGAGCGAGCGGCGCGAGCUGCAGGAGCGGCGCCGCAGGGACGCCAUCGCGGCCGCCACCCGCCUCACCGAGGCCUUGGUGGAUCACCUGAACGUGGGGGUGGCCCAGGCCUACGUGAACCAGCGCAAGCUGGACCAGGAGGUGAAGACGCUGCAGGUGCAGGCGGCGCAGUUCGCCCGCCAGACCGGCCAGUGGAUCGCCA